UCUGCGAAGUUCUCGCGAGUUGCGAGAAGACACGUGCGCGGAAGGAGCAAGCAGUUGUGGACCGCAGAACUGCAAUAAAGGGAACUAGUGGUUUAGGUGGCAAUCAACAUCAUGCUCAAAGCUGUGAUCCUGAUUGGAGGCCCUCAAAAGGGGACUCGCUUCAGGCCUUUGUCUUUUGAGGUGCCCAAACCCCUGUUUCCCGUGGCAGGGGUCCCUAUGAUCCAGCACCACAUUGAGGCCUGUGCCCAGGUCCCUGGGAUGCAGGAGAUUCUGCUCAUUGGCUUCUACCAACCUGAUGAGCCCCUUAGCCGGUUCCUAGAAGCUGCCCAGCAGGAGUUUAACCUUCCAGUCAGGUAUCUGCAGGAAUUUGUGCCUCUGGGCACAGGGGGUGGUCUCUACCAUUUCCGGGACCAGAUCCUGGCGGGGAGCCCAGAGGCCUUCUUCGUGCUCAACGCCGAUGUCUGCUCCGACUUUCCCUUGAACGCUAUGUUGAAGGCCUACAGACACCAGCCUCACCCUUUCUUGCUCCUUGGCACCACGGCUAACAGGACACAAUCCCUCAACUAUGGCUGCAUUGUAGAGAAUCCACAGACACACGAGGUCCUGCACUAUGUGGAGAAACCCAGCACGUUUGUCAGUGACAUCAUCAACUGCGGCAUCUACCUCUUUUCCCCAGAAGCCCUGAAGCCCCUCCGGGAUGUCUUCCAGUGUAAUCAGCAGGAUAGGCAACUGGAGGACUCUGCAGGCCUGUGGCCAGGGGCAGGUACCAUCCGCCUGGAGCAGGACGUGUUCUCAGCCCUGGCUGGGCAGGGCCAGAUCUAUGUGCACCUCACUGAUGGUAUCUGGAGCCAGAUCAAGUCUGCAGGCUCAGCCCUGUAUGCCUCCCGCCUCUAUCUGAGCCAGUACCAGCUCACUCACCCAGAACGCCUGUCCAAGCACAGCACAGGAGGUCCGCGAAUCCGAGGAAACGUUUACAUCCACCCAACAGCUAAGGUGGCCCCAUCAGCUGUGGUGGGCCCCAAUGUGUCCAUUGGGGAGGGGGUGACUGUGGGCGAGGGUGUGCGGCUCCGAGAGAGCAUUGUCCUCCAUGGAGCCACGCUGCAGGAGCACACAUGUGUUUUGCACAGCAUCGUGGGCUGGGGGAGCACUGUGGGGCGCUGGGCCCGAGUGGAAGGUACCCCCAAUGACCCCAAUCCCAAUGACCCCCGAGCCCACAUGGAUAGUGAAAGCCUUUUCAAGGAUGGGAAGCUGCUGCCUGCCAUCACCAUCCUGGGCUGCCGUGUCCGGAUCCCUGCUGAGGUGCUCAUCCUGAACUCAAUUGUUCUGCCACACAAGGAGCUGAGUCGCAGUUUCACCAACCAGAUCAUCCUCUGAGGGCGACUGCCAGAUGGCCCCGGCACCUCUUACCCACUCUCCUCAAGGCCAGCCUCUGUCCAGAAAGGACUGGAGGCAGCCAGACAGGAUCUUCACACACCAGGAGCAACUGGGUGGCCAGGGACUCCUGGCCUUCUUCUCUACUCCCUAAUAAAGCCCUGUGAAUCUUGGA